AUGACGACCGUAACGAAUCGAACCUCUCCAACGAUGGAAAGCAGCCAAGAGAAAUCUGAAGAAGAGCAGGAGGCUCUCCUGGCUGAAGAAGGAAAAACGACAACUGAACCUGCUUCGGCGGUGCAGCAAAUCAACCAGACAAUUCCGCCUCAAGCGAUGAUUUACGUUUACAUGGUACUAUUCUUUGGGGGCAUGAUUGCUCAUGAGGUCGCCUGUGAGGCAAUAACCAACAAAUUUCCCAAGUUCAUCGUUGCAAUCACAUUGUUCCAAAUGAGUUUCUGUGUCCUUGUGCCGCUGGCAAUCGCCAAAGGGAAAGGCUUUGAAAACUUUCCAAGGACCCUCAAAGGUAUUCUACCCUACGUCCACAUUUCCCUUCUUGUGUUUGGCGCCACAACCCUGGCCUGUCAGGCUGCAGUUUACUUGUCAUAUCCUACCAAAGUUGUGUUCAAGAGUGCCAAGCUUGUCCCCACAAUGGUAGUCGCCACGGUCUGGCAAGGUCAGCGAUUCACCAAUCUGGAAUAUGUUGCAGCUCUCCUUCUCUGUGCCGGUGCAGCUGGUUAUUCUUAUGGAAGUGGGGGCAGUCACAGCUCAGAUGGCGAGGACGCAACGCCCACGACACUGGUAGUCUUGGGUAUCGCCUUUAUGGUCUGCAGUGUCUUCUCUGAUGCCAUCAUUCCCAAUUAUCAGAAACUAUUACUCAAUCAAGGAGUUCCUGUCACCCAGCUGAUGAUCAAUGUCAAUACUAUAGGUGCCGUGACUUCUUUGGCAUACAUAGUGGUGACAGGCCAGCUGUUUGCUCUCCUUGGUGCUUGGCAUGCGCACCCAGAACUGUUGUUUUACUUGACCUGCGUGGGAGUUUCUCUUUCCAUCGCUGUAUGGGCGUACACAAAGCUGAUCCAGGCUACUUCCUCAGUGGUGGCCGUGGCAGUUUCCACUCUUCGAAAGGUGGCAACUAUGUUCCUAUCCUACAUCAUCUUCCCCAAGCCACUGCUGACAAUUCACAUUUACAGUGGGUGCAUGGUCCUGUUAGGUGUGAUUCUUAGCACCGUAGCAAAGGAAAGAAUGGACAGCAAGAAAUAA